ACGAGUCAAGUUUGGCGAUUCGAGUUCCAUGAGAACGGGCUAACCUUCCGGUCAAAUCCAUCUCCACUUCUCCAGAUCCACCCACGCACAGAGACGCCUUCCCGGCCUUAGCUUAGCUUAGCUUGCCACCAACCAAGAGCACAACUGCACCAAACAAGCAAGGGGCGGAACAGAGAGAGCUCUCUGCCUUUCUCCAUCAUAAAAGGACGAGGAUAGAGAGCGACACGCUUCUCAGUUCUCACUCCCUCCUCCCGUAGCUCGAGCUGUUUGUAGCGGAUAGAGAGCGAGCCACCGUACGGCCAGGGCAAGAGGACGAGGAAGAAGAAGAAGAAGAGAAGGGCGGAGAUGGCUGGCGGGUCGUUGAGCGUGAAGUUGGCGCCGGUCACGUACGCGGCGCACGCGCUGGCGGCGGCGGCGGCGGUCAUGGUGCUGGUGUGGUGCAUCCACUUCCGCGGCGGCCUCGCGCUCGAGGCCGAGAACAAGAACCUCAUCUUCAACGUUCACCCUGUUCUUAUGCUGAUUGGUUACAUUAUCCUCGGCAGUGAAGCCAUAAUGAUCUACAAGGUAUUUCCAAAAUUGAACCACGACACAGCCAAGCUGACCCACCUGAUCCUCCACGCGAUCGCGACUGUUCUCGGCGCCUUCGGGAUCUACUGCGCAUUCAAGUUCCACAACGACAGCGGGAUCGCCAACCUCUACAGCCUGCACUCCUGGCUCGGGAUCGGGACCAUCUCUCUGUACGCUAUCCAGUGGGUGUUCGGGUUCGUGGCAUUCUUUUUCCCUGGCGCGGCGCCGAGAGUGAGGCGCGGCGCGCUGCCCUGGCACGUGCUGUUCGGGCUCUUCGUUUACGUGCUGGCGCUGGCGACCGCGGAGCUCGGGUUCCUGGAGAAGCUCACCUUCCUGCAGAGCGGCGGCCUCGACAAGUACGGCGCCGAGGCGUACCUGGUGAACUUCACGGCCCUCGCCGUCGUGCUGUUCGGCGCCACCGUCGUUGUCGCCGCUGUCUCUCCGGCGCACGUCGAGGAACCGCAGGGCUAUGCUCCGAUUCCGGUCAACUAGAGGGCGUCACUGAACAUUCAGAAGAGUGCAUUUGUGUUCGAUUAGUACCACGGUGGAAGACGUGAGGCAGAAGUGUAAAACACAUCCAGAUUUAUGUGUAAAUGAGAACUUGAUAAUUGAACACUGUUCUGGUACUCCUUAUGAUGUAGGGAAUAAGACAGUAGACCAUCUUCAACGGUUUUUCG